AUGUUUCUGGUGGUAAUGAGAAUGGCCCCACAGAACGCCGACUCGGAGUCUAUGCAAGUCCAGGAGCUACCCGUGGCCCUGCCAGACCUGCAGAAGCCAGGCAGCGCCGACGCCCGCGAGGAGACCAUCAGCGAGGGGUCCAUAGACCGGAUCCCCGUGCGCCUGUGGGUGAUGCACGGGGCCGUGAUGUUUGGCAGGGAGUUCUGUUACGCCAUGGAGACGGCGUUGGUCACACCGGUCCUCUUACAGAUUGGCCUUCCGGAGCAGUACUACAGCCUGACCUGGUUCCUGAGCCCCAUCCUCGGCCUCAUCUUCACGCCCAUCAUCGGCUCCGCCAGUGACCGCUGCACGCUGAGCUGGGGCCGACGGCGGCCCUUCAUCCUCGCCCUGUGCGUCGGCGUGCUCUUCGGCGUGGCCCUCUUCCUCAACGGCUCGGCCAUCGGUCUCUCCCUCGGCGAUGUCCCCAGCCAGCAGCCCAUCGGCAUUGUCCUCACCGUGCUGGGGGUGGUCGUCCUGGAUUUCAGUGCCGACGCGACCGAGGGCCCCAUCCGGGCCUACCUGCUGGACGUGGUGGACAGCGAGGAGCAGGACAUGGCCCUUAACAUCCACGCCUUCUCUGCCGGCCUCGGCGGGGCCAUCGGCUAUGUGCUGGGCGGGCUGGACUGGACCCAGACCUUCUUGGGCACCUGGUUCCGGACUCAGAACCAAGUGCUCUUCUUCUUCGCGGCCAUCAUCUUCGUGGUAUCAGUGGCCCUGCACCUGUUCAGCAUCGACGAGGAGCAGUACAGCCCCCAGCAAGAGCGGGCCGGGGAGGCGGCCGACACGCUGCCGCCUGCUGCCCGCGGGAGCGCGCUGGACGGUGGCGCGGGGCUGUUCCCCGAGGAGGUGCGGUCGGAGCACGAGCUCGCGCUGGACUACCUGGGCGCGGGCAUGGUGCGCAGCAAGAGCGACUCGGUGCUGCACGUGCCCGACGCCGCGCUUGACCUGGAGCCCGAGCUGCCCUUCCUGCCCGACAUCGAGCCCUCCAUCUUCCACGACGGCUCGUACCCCGGCACCCCCCGCAGCACCAGCCAGGAGCUCGCCCGUGCCAGGCCGCCCUGCCUGGCCUCACUGCUCAGGGAAACCGCGAAGGAGGACGACACGCUGCUCGAGAAUCACGCGCCCGAAGCCAAAGUCCCCAACGGCAGCGGCUCCCCGCCAAUGGACGGCCCCGUGGGCUACACCAGGGUGGACGUGAGGCCCGUCGCCGCCGCGUCUGGCUCCAUGCGGCGGCGCAGGCACAUGUUCCGCCGCCAGGCCUCCAGCACCUUCUCCUACUACGGCAAGAUCGGCUCCCACCGCUACCGCUACCGGCGGGCCAACGCCGUGGUUCUCAUCAAGCCGUCACGCAGCAUGAGUGACCUGUACGACCUGCAGAAGCGCCAGCGCUGCCGGCACCGCAACCAGAGCGGGGCCACGGCCUCCAGCGGGGACACGGAGAGCGAGGAGGGGGAGGGCGAGACCACCGUGCGGCUGCUGUGGCUGUCCAUGCUGAAGAUGCCCAAGGAGCUCACGCGCCUGUGCCUCUGCCACCUGCUCACCUGGUUCUCCGUCAUUGCCGAGGCCGUCUUCUACACCGACUUCAUGGGUCAGGUCAUCUUCGACGGGGACCCCAAGGCCCCCUCCAACUCAACCGCCUGGCAGGCCUACAACGCGGGCAUGAAGAUGGGCUGCUGGGGCCUGGUGAUCUACGCGGCCACCGGCGCGAUCUGCUCAGCGCUGCUACAGAAGUAUCUGGACAACUACGAUCUGAGCAUCAGGGUCAUCUACGUGCUGGGGACGCUGGGCUUCUCCAUCGGCACGGCCGUGAUGGCCCUAUUCGCCAACGUCUAUGUGGCCAUGGUCAUGAUCAGCACCAUGGGUAUCGUCUCCAUGAGCAUCUCCUACUGCCCCUAUGCCCUGCUCGGGCAGUACCACGACAUCAAGGAGUACGUCCAGCACAGCCCCGGGAACUCCAAGCGCGGCUUCGGCAUAGACUGUGCCAUCCUGUCCUGCCAGGUGUACAUCUCCCAGAUCCUGGUGGCGUCUGCCCUCGGGGGCGUGGUGGAUGCCGUCGGGACCGUGCGCGUCAUCCCCAUGGUGGCCUCCGUGGGCUCUUUCCUGGGCUUCCUGACAGCCACGUUCCUGGUGAUCUACCCGGAGGUGUCAGAAGAGGCCAAGGAGGAGCAGAAGGGCCUGUCUUCCCGGCCGCCGGGUGACAGCAGGGACGGCAGCCAGAAGCCCACCGUUCUGACCCUGUCCCGGAAGGAGGGCCUGCAGGGGCUGGUGGAGACAGAGUCGAUGGUCUGAGCCUCGCCCCUGUGCACACACAUUCCUGGGGGGGGGGGGUUGGGGAUGGCGGGCGGGUUGGUCACUGUGGCUUUGGUGACGGCACAAAGCAGAGUUCCUUCACAACACGGGUAGGGGUGCGGUAGCUCUAGGGUAGGCCUGGGCCUCUGGGCAGAAACACCACACUGAUUACUUUUUCCACGAUUAAAAAAAAUCAUUUGAAAAUUUUUUUUUUAAUUGAAAAGGAGCUUCUGAUUUCAACUGUUUAAUUUCGCAGGUAUAUUAUUCUGCAUGUUUUUAAAUCGUAAGGCAGAUUUACAAUAGACGCUAGCAAUCCAGAGAAAAAUAAGAUUUUCAUUUCCAAGGUCAUAAUUGAAAACCACAAGUCCUGCUGUGGCUCGGUGCCUGCGGUCUGCGGAUUAAAGACAGCAGCCAUGUGGCCAGUCACUGGGCCUCUCUGCACCCUCUGGGGGCCUGCAGGUGUCAGAUCUCACGUUCUGUUGGUGCUGCCAUUAUUGGAGAGUAUUUUUAUCAUUAUUUUAGAAAAAAAAAUGUUUUUUCUCUCAAAACUGGUUUUCUUAAGGAAACCACAUGUUUUCUUUUUCUCCUCAGAGAUUCUG